ACUGGUAGCGCUACUUCGAUGAACAUCACCGACGCUCUGGGACUCUCCCCUACCAACAGACUCACCCUCGCCGAGCGAAAGGCCUUUGGUAAAUCAGAUCACAAGGCCGCCAAAAUCCUCGGUAUCACACUCACGCGCAAUCACGUGAGGCAUGCAAACGACAGGAGACUUGCUCUAGUCCCAUCUGCCGACCAAGAGAAUGCCCAAACCUUGGGAGAAAUGAUUCUCACAGGUGCAAAGCGUUCACGUUGCAAUAAUUCAAGCGCUGUGGCCAUCAUAAGGCCACUUAUGAAGAACCUUGGGCUUGGGCGUGCUUCAGGUAUUGGGAUGGCCUUGGUAGAGAAGCGAAACAAGAAUCGCAGAGCCGCUGGGGAGCACGCGCAACGUGUGAUAUUAGGGCCCUUGCGCUCCAACGAGUCACCCAUCAAGGAAACCAAAGAAUUGUCGACCACCGUUACCGACGACAGUGCAUGUUCGUUCUUGGAACUCGAUGAGAUUGAAGACGCCGAAACACCCCUUACAGACGAAUUUGUGGUGGGAAAUGAUGAAGAGGAGGAAGAUGUUUUAUUCCGCGGUUUCCCGGGAGGAUUUGUUUGGGAUGUCGAAAAUCCGUUUGCAACACCUCCUGAAGAAGGAAUUCCGGCACUCUAUUCUGACAACUCGUUCGACGACAUGCUUCGUCCGGCGGAACGGGCUUACCUCGAUUAUUUGAUUGAAAAAGAUGAAGCCGAAGUGCAGCCAAUGGAGAGGAGAAAGCAAAGAAGGGCGGCAAUGCGCUCGAGGAACAAGAUGCUGGAUGUUUUGGGAAUAGAGGCACGACAAGCUGUCGAUGCCCAGUAUUAACUUUUCUGUAGAAUAUAAUAUAAGUAUAUGCCUAGGCCUCUGAUCAUAUGUACAACGACAUUAAUUACUACAUGGUUUAAGAUUUGCCUGAGCGGUCCCGCACAGUAUUACUUAAGCGUUACCAAAAGCGGAGGAGGUCGGUCCAUGUUGACAACUUUGAGCUGAGUCCCGCGGGGGUAGACAAGGAUGGAAAAUUCUGCGGACGGUCGGCGUAGGUAGAGUAGUCAAGUAUGUAGCUUCAUAGAGCUACCGAAGCUUUUUUUGCGGUGCCAACGUGCUGCAGAGAGUUUGGAUGAUGUUUGGCGACGGUGAGCGGGAUGUUAAAAAAACUAGUACGUCAAAUUUCCAGUGCAUUGGCGUGCCGUUCUCCGCGAAAUUUGCUGUCUGCAACUCACUCCUGCAGAUUGGCACAGUUCCAACUCCGCUCGGCUUUACAAUCAACGGCAACCGUAC